GGUGGACUAACACACUCGCGCAGCACAGCGUUCCUCUUUCCCUCACUCCCAGCCGCAGCUAGCUGCCACUACCAGAGGAGCUCGGAGCUGAAGCUACAACUAGCAAUGGCCGCAGCUCCUCCUAGCUGCGGCAGCAGUAGCAUGUCACGGCGCGCCGCGGCCGUCGUGCCGGCAUUGCUGCUGGUGCUGGUGGUGGCGAUCUCGGCCACCUCCGGCGCCGACGCGCAGCCUUCGCCGGGGUACUACCCGAGCUCGAGGUUCAGGCCCAUCCCGUUCAACCGCGGGUACUCCAACAAGUGGGGGCCGCAGCACCAGACGCUCUCCGGCGACCACUCCGCCCUCACCAUCUGGCUCGACAGGACCUGCGGGAGUGGCUUCAAGUCGAAGCACGCCUACAGGAACGGUUACUUCUCCACCCGCAUCAAGCUCCCCGCCGGCUACACCGCCGGCACCAACACCGCCUUCUACCUGUCGAACAACGAGGCGCACCCGGGUUUCCACGACGAGAUCGACAUGGAGUUCCUGGGCACCAUCCCGGGCGAGCCCUACACGCUGCAGACCAACGUGUACGUCCGCGGCAGCGGCGACGGCCGCAUCGUGGGCCGCGAGAUGCGGUUCCACCUCUGGUUCGACCCCACGGCGGGGUACCACACCUACGCCAUCCUCUGGAACCCCGACGCCAUCACCUUCUUCGUCGACGACGUGCCCGUCCGCCGCUACGAGCGCCGCGCCGAGCUCACGUUCCCCGACCGCCCCAUGUGGGUGUACGGCUCCAUCUGGGACGCCUCUGACUGGGCCACCGACGACGGCCGCCACCGCGCCGACUACCGCUACCAGCCGUUCGUCGCCCACCUCGACCGGUUCGUCAUCGCCGGGUGCUCCGCCGCCGCGCCGCCGGCUUGCCGCCCCGUGCCAGCGUCGCCCCGGGGCGCCGGCCUCACGCAGCAGCAGUACGCCGCCAUGCGCUGGGCGCAGCAGGGCCACAUGGUGUACUACUACUGCAACGACUUCCGCAGGGACCACUCGCUCACGCCCGAGUGCUAGGACGGCCGGUGGCGGAUCGUCGCCGGCGGUCGAGAGCGAGAUCUUGGCCGGUUGCUCUGCUGGGAUCGGCGAUGUGGUUGGUGCCUGCGUGUUUGUUUCCUUGCCUUGGCUGUUUGUUUUUACCCCGUGAGCGAUCGAUGGAAAGGGUAGUGAGAUCGAUCGAUGGACAUGGAUGGAUGUGGCUGCCCUACCACCACCGCCGCUGGCUGUUUGUGAGGCGGGCUGAGCCGGGUGGUGGUUGAGGCGUUGGUCGUUGGCGUAUUUUGCCAACAAAGGGGGGGGGGGGGGGGGGUGUCGUCGUCUACCGUUUGCUCUGCUUUGUGUUUAUUUUGUUGCCUUUUCCAUUUGGUGAUUUGGUCGCACAUGCGUGCCGCCCCAAAGGGGCAAGCUUGCAUGAUUCAUGGCAUCAUGCAUGCCCACUGUAAUACGGAUCUAGUAUACCACAUAUAUAUAAAUAUAUAUAUGUUUAUAUAUUAUAUAUACAUGUGUCGUGUCGGUGAGGAUA